AUGGACUUGGAGCAGCCUUCACUUCUCGAUAGGCACGAGGGUGAUCUCUUCUUACAGAGCUCCUGUCCCAACCCUAGACAAGUUUUCAAAAUUUGUCAGAAUUUGAAGGUAUUGAUUGACCGAGUGAUCCCUAUUACGUUUGAUCAAGACGAUGUCACCAGUACUGAUUCCGCCAUUUUGAACGAUGAAGUUGUCAAGUUGACAUUUAAAGCUGCUGGAGGUAAAGGUGAUGGUAAAAAGGGUACUUCUUCCUACCGUUAUCGCGCUGCAUUGGUGUUUUGCUUGUUAAAAGUAUGCGAUUGGUAUUGGCAACAAGCUGAUAUAGAAUUGAGUAAUAACUCUUUGUAUUUGCUCAGAGCUGUUGCUGCUCAAACUUUGGCUGGCAUUGUAAUUGAAGAAACCAAAGAGGAUGAAUUAUUGUUUUUGGGUAUGUUGUGUCAUCGUUACAGCAUUUGUAUCCAUGAAGAAGACCAGAAUCCCAUCAGUGCUUUAGAAUUGGCUGUCGAUAUGCAUUCUACCAUUGUAAUGGGUAGUUCUGGCUAUCAAAGAUGUAUUCAAUGGUUAUGGAGAGGUUGGAUCGUCCAAUCUACUGUUGAUCCUCAUUCUUAUGUUAUGUACAAAGGAGUCGAUUCAAGUUCCUUUAGACUGCACUUCAAUCCCGCAAGAAUUAAGACUCCAGCUUAUCAGAAUCUUCUUGAAAUCUUCUUUAGUAUCAUUUUUUUGGUGUUGUACACUUUUAUCCUUAAUGGUCAUGGCAACACUGAUCAUAGUCUAACAUUUGUUGAAUAUUUAUUCUAUUGGUUCACUAUUGGUUCAAUCGUUGAUGAAAUCGUCAAGAUAUAUCAUGUGGGUUAUAAUUAUCUUGGGUUCUGGAAUGUAUUUAAUGACUUUAUGUACUCCAUUAUAUCUGUGGCCUUUGUCUUCAGAAUGCUCAGCGUAACUGCUCCCAAACACCAUCCCAAUGAAGAAAGAUUUGAUCAAAUCUCGUUUAGAGUGUUAUCUUGUGCUGCUCCUCUUAUGUGGUCUAGAUUAUUAUUAUAUUUGGACGCACAAAGAUUUGUUGGUGCGUUGAUUGUGGUGGUGAAAACCAUGAUGAAAGAAUCUAUUUUAUUCUUCUUCUUGUUGGCUGUCGUGAUUAUUGGAUUCCUUCAAGGUCUUCUUGGUCUUGAUGCCGCAGACGGAACCAGUGAAUCUACCAAAAAGAUUUUGGUCUCUUUAAUUAAGGCUGUGGUUGGUGAUUCUAACGUUGGUGAUGUGGCUAAUCUUGUUCCGCCAUAUGCUUCAAUCUUGUAUUAUUCCUACAACUUCAUUCUUGCCGUUAUUUUGAUGAACAUCUUGAUUGCCUUGUACUCCACUGCUUAUGGACAAAUUGUCGAGAAUGCUACUGCUGAAUAUUUUGCUUUGGUUGCACACAAGACCUUGAGAUACAUUAGAGCUCCUGAUGUUGAUCUCUACGUUCCACCAUUCAAUAUAUUUGAAAUCCUACUUAGUCCCUUCUACCAUUUCCUUUCUGAAAAACACUACAAGACUUUGAAUUAUUAUGUCAUGGUUAUCAUUUACGCACCAAUGCUUUGUUACAUUACCGUGGAUGAGUUAUCCCAUGCCAGAAGAAUUCAAUUCAACAGAUUUAAAGGUCUUCCUGAUGACGCCAAUGAAAUUAACACCGAAUGGGACUUAACCGACGGCUUUGAUGUGGAAGCCGAAACUUCUUGGGAUGGGAUUCGUGAACGCAAUAGCGAGGUUACAAACGAAUUGCGGUUGCAAAGAGAAGGAGAGAAUGAAGAUCCAGAAUUCAAUAUUGACUCAUAUAAGUUUGAAGCUGAAAUUGAUAAGGUAGUGCAACCAGUGGUAAAGGCCAAAAAGGUUGGUAUCAAAUGGGAAUUGUAUGAUCUUUAUGAAAAGCUUGACAAGUUGACUACAUUAGUGGAAUCAGUAGUCGCUGAGAAUCAAGAACUUAAGAAACAAUUGAAUGAUAAAUAA